AUGUCUUACGAAAUGUCCCACAUGGGCCCUCGGGCCUUCAACCACGAAAACAGCAGCGAGGCCGAAGCGGAGUACGAUCGGCUUCGCGAUCUCGCACGCCAGGAAGCCAACAAGCGCGGCCAAUGUUUUUCGCGGUCGAAGGAAGCGUACGCGAGCGGUGAUGGCGCCGGCGCCAAACAGCUCUCUGAGGAGGGAAAGGCCCACGGCCGUAAGAUGGAGGAAUACAACAGACAAGCGUCGGAAUUUAUCUUCCGCGAGAACAAUGCCAACGGGCGCGUCGAGGCCGACACAAUUGAUUUGCACGGCCAGUUUGUCGAGGAGGCGGAGGAGAUCCUCGAAGAGCGCAUCAAGUAUGCCAAGGCGCAUGGACAGAGUCAUCUUCAUGUCAUCGUCGGCAAGGGAAACCACUCCGCCAAUCAUAUUCAGAAAAUCAAGCCGCGUGUUGAGCAGGUGUGUCGUGAAUUGGGGCUGCAGUAUGCCACUGAGGAUAACGCCGGUCGUAUCUAUGUGAACCUUACUGGUGGAGAGGCUAUUAUGCCUCCUUCGACUGGACACCAGGGUUAUGGUGGGCAUCCCGGUCAGCAGCAUGGUCACCAGGGUCAUGGUGGGUACCCUGGUCAGCAGCAGGGACACCAGGGACAACAACAGCCGGACGAGCUCGAGCAGCUUGCCAAGAGGUUGUUGCCCAAGGUUUUGCGCAAGCUCGAGAAGGCUUGCUGUGUGGUUAUGUGA